AUCCGGAACCACUUCAGUGAUUAACCCAUCAGCCCUGGAACAAAAGGACUGGCAUUCUAUCAAUUAUAUCCCCAUAUACCGACCCGCAAAACGUAAUAACAUGAACAAUGUUUCGCCGCAGAUCAAUUUGUGUCGGAUUCAAGCAGAGGCACGUCAAUAAUCGUUUACUGCUGCUGUAAAACAAGCUAGUGUUAUGGAUAACGAAACAUAUAACGUGUCCACAACCCAAGCCACUCAAUCAGAUUCAGAAUGGACCGAUUCAUUUGUGUUGUUCAUAAAAGCCACUAUUAUGGGUAUUAUCAUAAUAGCGUCGAUUUUUGGAAACCUCUUGGUUAUAGUGUCAGUUAUGAGGCACAGAAAGCUGAGGAUAAUCACAAAUUAUUACGUUAUUUCUUUGGCAUUAGCGGAUAUGUUAGUGGCUAUGUUCGCGAUGACGUUUAACGCCAGUGUUCAAAUUUUCGAUAGGUGGUUAUUCGGUUAUUAUAUGUGUGACGUGUGGAACUCUCUAGAUGUCUACUUUUCAACGGCUUCCAUACUACAUCUCUGUUGCAUCAGUGUAGAUAGAUUCUACGCAAUUGUGAAACCGCUGCAGUAUACUUUGUAUAUGACUAAAAAAGUAGUCGCUUUGAUGCUUCUUAAUACGUGGAUCAGUCCAGCGAUGAUUAGUUUUCUUCCCAUCUUCAUGGGCUGGUACACGACUCCCGAGAAUAAGAAACAUAGAGAAGAAAACCAAAAUGAUUGCCAGUUUGUAGUGAACACUACUUAUGCACUUAUAAGCAGCAGCAUAUCCUUUUGGAUACCCUGUACAAUAAUGAUAACCAUGUACCUGGCCAUAUUCAUAGAAGCCAAUAAACAAGAAAAGGAGAUGUACAAUCGACAUGGCGCGGCACUCUUGCUGCAUCAGAACAACACCAACGGCGAUAUGCUUUCCAAUUCUGGAGGAUCGUCAAAAACCCUUACCCUGCACGAGAUUAACCAAGACUUACAUCACACACCAACCAGAGAACGAAAUAUUUCAAAAAUGAAGCGAGAACACAAGGCAGCAAGGACUUUGGGUAUUAUAAUGGGAACCUUCAUAUUAUGUUGGCUGCCUUUCUUUGUUUGGUAUCUUACUGUACAUAUUUGUGAUACCUGUAAAGAGCACUGUCCAGAAGAGGUUGUGGCCAUUGUUUUUUGGAUCGGAUACUUCAAUUCAACUUUGAACCCAAUAAUAUACGCGUACUUCAAUAGAGAUUUUAGAGAAGCAUUCAAAAACACGUUGCAUUGCGCAUUUUGCAGUUUGUGUCACAGUCCGCCUUCCAAUUUGGACUUUAUCGAUAAUAGGAGACCUUCCAUAAGAUAUGAGGAUAGAACAAGGAGUAUAUACUCGGAAACAUACCUCAAACAUGUCGAUAGAAGAUGUUCUGACUUCGGUUCGAGUCUCUGAGUAGACUUAACUAGUAGCAGACUUACUACUACGAGUUUCUGAAAGGAGUAGUAAGCUUGUUACUAGUUUGUAAGGUAAUACUUAAAAGAUGGUGCUGUUUUUAUCUAUAUUUUUAGCGUGGCAUAAGUUCUGACAGAGUGAGUGAAAUAAUGCAAACGUGAUUUAGUAUGUUACAUUUAUAUUAGUAUUUGUAUAUACCAUUUGCCAAAUGUCUUAUUUUUAUUAAUUACUAAUUCGAGUGAUAUUACUAAUGCAAUUGUGUCACCUAAAGAAUGUACUAAUAAUAGUUUAUUAUUUUUUUUAUUGGAUCUGAUCAAAAGGUCCCUGUAAACCUUAUACGAUGUUCAAGAAGAACGUAUUAAGAGUCACAGUUAUAUGCCUAAUAGACUGAUAUCUGUUUUUUCUAUAUGAAGACUUUACACCAUGUGUAAAGAUUUGUGUGUAUUUAAUCUCUUGGCUGGACAAAAAUAUGUUACAUUUUAAUAAACAUAAGUAUCUAAAGAAUGCAAUAGUAACAAAGGAGUGCUACAUUUUCUUCUCCACAUCAUUGCCAAGAAAAGUGAUAUUACAAUACCAAAAAUAGGAUUACCUUAUGUUUCUCACUAAAGCAGAAAUUUUUUAUAAUUUUUCUUUUUCUUGGAAAAAAUAUAAAACUUAAUUUUUUCCAACAGUAGGUUCCAAUUAUAGGUGUUUUUUAUCACGUACUCUAAGUAACAUCGGCGAAUAAAAGCGUAAUUAGUAUAACUACUCCAAAAUUAUAUCUGGGUGCAAAAUACUCCGACACCAAUUUGUGUAAAUGGCUACAGUUUCUGUUACCAAAAUAGGCCGCUGAAAGGAAAAAUCAAUAUUCACAAAGAGUAAUUUAUGUUUGCAAAGGAAAUUACUUGGUAUGGAGAAUGUAAAUAAUGGGAGAGAAAUAAAUAUACAUUAUUAUUUAAGUUAAAUUUUAGGAUUUUUAUGUAAGUAAAUAAAAAAUAAACCACGUAUUUUUUCUUAUGAAUUACUGUUUUCAGCUGUAUCUUUUGUCCGGCCCAUCUCUUAAAUCCCGAUCAGUAUUUCAUCAAGAAAGGUUCUAUUCAAACAUGUAAAAAUAUUCAAAACACUUUAUAGAAACCAUAUAGCAAAACGUUUAUCCAUCUUUUGGUUGAUAAAGAAUACACAGUCAAACAUUUUCGGUUUUUAUUCUAAUUUGUCUUUGUAUGGUUACCCCUCUGGGUAUAUUCAAUUCCGUUAACAAAAUAAAUAACAAGCAAUCAAUUUUUUAUUAUAAAACAGUUGUUCUAAAUUAUUUAUUAGAUCAGAUUAU